CAAAAACUUAACGUCGAAAGCGUUUGGGUUUUGAGAUUAAGUCCGCGGAACGCUGGACGUACGUCAAAACUAUAGUAUAAAAUAUUUAUUACGCCGACCGGUCUUACAAAAAUAACACUGACGUUAUUGCUGGUUUGAAAUAACUCAAUCGAAAAUACCGUUGGCAAACUAAAUACACAAACAAAUCAACCGUUGCUUCGUGGAUACGGUCGUCGAAAAAGUUAACGAGGGCCCGGCAACCGAGUAAAUAACACUAAUGUGCGAUCCGAACAAAUAGGUAAGAAUAAUAUUAAUUACGAAUAUCGAAUUUAAAGUUCAGUAUAUCUAAUAGUAUAGUUUAUUGUUUUUUUUUUUUUUUUUAGCUUUUUGAUUUUCUUGCACAUUCAUGAAUGAAGUCCAAUAAUAAGGUCGACAUAAUAUUUACUAACGCGAUUUACAAGAUGUUUGCCGCCGUGAUUUCCCUGAUGGAGGGCGCUCUUAUAAAGACGUUCUUCAUAUUGAUAACACUGUGUUGGCUGUGCGAGGAAAGAAAGAGCGUUGCCGUUGGUGUGGGAAACAUGAUCGUUGUAAUAAGGUACGCGCGUAUAACCGAAAAACCGUUUACUAAUUCUUUUUUGUUCUUUUUAAAAUGGCUAAUCUUUGUCUUACUUCGAGUGAAUCUAUGCUAAAAGAGAAUCACCUCGUCAUCGCUACCCGCCGGCGAAUAAAACCGACGAUAGUGGUCUGCCUUUGCCGUCACUCGCAGGCUAUUAUAUGUAUACAAAUGUACGUGAAAAAUAUCGUUACUCGUGUUCGCGACUGGCCUUGAUUUUUAUUCAAUUUUAAUAGCUCGGCGUAGGUACCUACGAUUGUAUUCUCUGAUGAACGGCGAGUAUAAAUUCGCCCAAUGUCGUCCAAAAUUACAGCUAAAUGUAGAUGUAGUUGAUGUUAUACGGAUAUUUUGUAUUAUAUUAACUCUCUAGGUAUAAAAUACAAAUUUUGAAUUGAUAUCUACUGACCGGUUCAUCAUCGCUCGACGCGAACCGCCGAAGUGUCUAGAAACUCGAAAUUUAGCACGGAGAUUUAUUAUAUUUCGUACAACGAUAAUAAUAUAUAAGCAACUGUAUACUCUAUAUUAUAGAAACAAUAAAGGAUUUUUAAAAAUUCGACCAUCGAUGACCGGCGCUCGCACUUAAAUUGUAUUCCUUAAAAUACAGAAAUUGCGAUUUAGUUUUUUUUUUGUUUACUUUUGGAUUAAAUUAUUUAUGCAUAUGGGAAAAAAGCUGUAUUACUUUCAUUUUGUUUUAUUUUUUAAUUUGAGUGCCGUAAAAUAAUCCACGGGCACAUGACUUGUCACUGGCAAGGCCGUUGCCUUCAAACCUUACACAUAUAAGCAAACACCUAUGCAUAAAGUUUUCUGUACAGAAAAUUCGAUCUCUAUAGUCCGGAGUAUACGUUGAAAAUAUCUGCUCGAUUUGCGUCUUUACUAAUUAUACUUAUGAUAAUAUAUUGGGUAUGUUAGAAAUUAUUGUAAUACCUAUUAGAUUUAUGAGUUUUAAAUUUAAUUACAGAGACACUUGGAAAGUGAUGGUUAAGGAUAUGUAUACCACGUUUAAAAAUGAGGAUCCGGUCGUCGAAGAACCUGAUUUAGUGGUUUCUUCCAGUGAUCAAUCUGAUGAUCAAACUUCGGGUUCUAUGACAGCUGAUUUCGUUUCACCGUCGUUCCCCCUUUACCACUUUCCAUUUCCACAGGGAGAAGAAAAUAUCGCCCAGGAACUCGGUAAAUAUACAUUCUAGGAUCGACUUCUGUGUAAAAUCUCUGACAAAUAUACACCUACCUCCUAAUAAAUUAUUUUUGAUUUUGUGUAGAACAAGUCAUGAGAAACAUAAUGCAAGUUGUUGAUUUGACAAUAAAAAGGGUGCUACCCGUCGAAAAUAGCCUAAGCUAUUUGCAGUUUAUUUUUUUUGAUUUGAAUUUAGGAAAGGUAAUAUUAUCGAUAUUUGUUGUAAGUAUUUCAUUUGGAUUUGAGUUUUUUUUUUUCAUUUUAUGUUGCAAUUAAAUUUAUUUCCACUGCUUUUGACCAAUAUUUAAUAAUUUAUCUUAAAAAAAAAAAAUAAAUAAAUAAAAUAAAAUGUAUGUUUUAAUGAGACCAUAUAGUUAUGUAAUUUAAAAAAAUUAAAUUGUUUUAACAUUUUACAGGAAAUGUUUGAGUAUGUUGAUUUUCAUAUUCUUGAUCAGUUGGAUUGGUGGCAUUAUCGUAUUGGCGAUUCAGAAUUGGAGAUUGUUGGGAAACUUUAUGGGGGAUUAAUAGUUCAGGGAAUGAGACUGUAAGUGGUUUUCUGAAAUUUUAGUAUAAAUAAUUACACUUAUCAGUUAGAUUGUAUAAUAUAUGUUUUUUAGCGAUUUUCCGGACUUUUGGAAGCCGAUGAUUAGAAAAGUUUUAAACCAUUUGGAAAAUAAUGAUAUUCAAUUUGUAAACUUUGCCCAAUCCGCGUUCAAUCAAUUAAAAAAAGAUUUACCGCAGGAAUAUCACAUCUGAUCUAGGUAUGUUUAAAAAAAAAAAAAAAUUACUGUUAACGUGUUAUUUUAUACUCUACAAUUUCUUUGAAUAAUUAAUCGAAUUAAUAUCAGAUUUAAAAAUAAAGUAAAUAACAAUAGAGUAGGCAAUGGAAAAGCCAAUAGGUAUUCCAAAGUAUCAUUUUCGUAUCAGUGACUCGCGGUACUUACAAAACUCAAACAUGUAUUACUUAUCGAUCGUUAUUACCACAUUGUGUUCUUAACAUAUGGUAGUAGGUAAUACAUGAAUUAUAGAAGAAAACUGUGAGAUUUUAGCACGGUGAAAUGAUUCUCGUGAUUAUCUCUUACUAAUAUAUUAUACUUUGCUACUGCGAAAUAUGCGUCUCGGGAGGCUGCAUACGUUGUUCUUGUGAAUUUUUACGGUUAGUUACCAAACAUAUCAUAUACCUAUUUAAUAACGUUACUACAGAUAGGUAGUUAACAAUAGAUUAUAAAAUGUCAAAAAUAAAAUAAACUUAUCCAUAAAUAAAUAACUAUUUUGCGUUAGCGAAAAUAUAAGCAUAUUGUCACACAAAAACAUUAUUAUAACCAAACGUACCUAUUAUUUAAUCUAUCUACUUAUAUUUUCAGGAAAUGAUCGAUAAGCCACGGAUAAACACAGUACGAAGAAAGAAGCCUAUUGUCCUACCGCCCCAUGCUUAUAGCUAUGAGUAGAUUUGUGAAAUAACCUUUAUCCGUUAAUUUUCAUUAAAUUAUCAUUUGUUCGUUUAAUUACUUUGUUACAUUUUUUUUUUAUACACUUUUGCUACCACAGUUAAAAUUGAAAUCACGAGUACCUUUAUUAUGUUCUUUUUUUUUUUAUUAUUGUUUUUGUAUAUUUUGAUUAAUUUGUUUGUUACCUUAUGCUUUUAUU